AUGGACGAUCCGUCACUGAUGCCCGAUCUAUCUCAUCUAUCGGCUGAAGAACGUGAAAUAAUAGAGCAAGUCUUCAGACGACAAAGGGAUGAAGAAGCUAAAGAAACCCAAGCGUCGCAAGCGGCGACAGAAGAGCUGUCGAGUCUUGAAAAACAGAUAACCGAAAGGAAAGAGACAUCGAGAAAGCUGGUAGGCACACAAGAUGACGCGAUCUGUCAAAUUUGUCAGAAGACAAAAUUCGCCGAUGGGAUUGGCCACAAGUGCUUUUAUUGUCAAUUGCGUAGCUGUGCAAGAUGCGGAGGUAGAGCACAGAGCAAGAAUAAGAAAAAAACGAGGAAAAGCUUUCAGGCAAUUUGGGCUUGUUCGUUGUGCCAGAAACGUCAACAAAUUCUGGCGAAAACCGGCAAAUGGUUCCAACCCGAAGAGCAGGCGCAGCAAAAAAUUAGCGUCUCCGAGGCAAGCCCGUCGCCACAACCGCUAACUCAAACGCCCGACCACAACGGCCCGCCAACCCAACUGCAACCGAGGCAGACGGAACCGCCUGAUAAAAUAGAUCAAAACUUUCAACCUAACCAGCAGCAAAGGGCAAUGCACGGCCCUCAACAGACCAAUGGUCCUGUUCAAAACGGUCCAAAUCAAAAUGGUCCUAACCAAAAUGGUCCUACUCACAAUCAGAACCAUCAGGGUAAUCACCAUCCACAAAACAACCGACAGCAAAUGCAACAACAACAGUCGGUGAAUCAAAAUCAUGCCCCGAUGAACCAGAAUCAGCAGAAUUUCCGAAAUCAGGCUGGACCCCAUAACCAGAACCAAAACAAAAAUCAAAGGCCCGUUGAUAAUCGGAACAUGCGAGGCAACCAGAUGCAGCAGCAGCAACAACAAAAUCAAUUCCAAGGGAAUAUGGUUGGAAAUAAUCAACAACUCCAACAGCAGCAGCAACAUGGACCACAACAACCGGGACCUUCUCAUCAACUGGGUUGUGUGGUCUGGAUAAUUUUAGAAACGGGUGAGCAGCAACAGAAGCAGCAGCACCGAAUGGAUAACAACAGAAUAAGAGAGAACCACAAUGGUCAUGGUGGGAUGUUCAACAACAAGCAGCCUUCAUUAGAGCGAACCACGUCGACGAACAAAUACAAUCAAGGAGGAGUAGACGAGGAUAGCAUGAACCAGCAGCGGCCCACGUUCUAUGCCGGUAACGGUGAAAAUGACCAAAGACAGUAUGAUGGACAGAAUAUGAAUUCAAAUUCUGUAUCUCAUGGUCAAAAUCAAAAUCAGAACCAGAUUCAAAAUCAGAAUCAGAACCAAAAUCUCAGGAAAAACCAAGGAAACCGGGUAACGGAAGAAGACUACGCGAGCUCAUCUGUUUUUGAGUCCAAGAAACAGAGGAAUCAUAAUUCUCAAGUUCCAUCAACUUCCCAAGGCGUUAGAGCUGUACCCCCAAACGACGACCACUUGAAUCGGGUGAAAAAUCGGCUGCAUAGACAAUUGCGAUCCAUGUCGUCGUCCGAAGAAGAUAUCAUUGCCGGCGGCGGUGGCAACACUCUGAAGAUGUCGACGUCAGCAGUGGUGGCUGCCGGCGGCAAAACCGCAUUCCAUGAUGAUAUGGGCGCGUCGAAUGUGCAGAGGUUGUCCGAGGAAUGCAAUUCAGAAAAGGACCUCCUUCGAUAUAUUUAUGGCGACCAUAAAAACCCUGAUUCGUCGUCGUUGUCUUCGUCGGGACCGGUCUCUGGUGGAAACAGCGUGCUAAAGAGUAAACCUCAUGUUUUACCGAAAGGGUCUCAUCAAGGGGUUUUAGACAUGCAAACAAAUAGGCGGCGUGACAAAUCGCUGUCCGUGUCGCCAUCGCGUAACGAUCAUUUUGGUGGCGCUGGAAGUAUAUCAGGAGGGGAGUUGCUCGCGUCACGCAUACGAACUAUUUUGGCUCAUCCUGUAACAUGGCAGCCAACAUCUGAUCAAAAAAGACUAAUAGGUCAUAUGGUUCUUCAUAGAACCGAGAACUCCGCUGCCAAUGGGGAUCUUGGGUUGAAAAUAGUCGGUGGUCGAAGAACGGAUACUGGGAAGCUUGGCGCUUUCAUUACCCAAGUUAAGCCGGGCAGUGUGGCCGACACCAUUGGAAGACUACGUCCUGGUAAUGAGUUUUUUAAUGAGAUACCCUUUACGUCUAUGUUUUAUUUUUGUUUUUCAGGAGAUGAAGUGGUCGAGUGGAACGGGCAAUCGUUGCAAAAUGCGACCUAUGAGCAAGUGUAUGAUAGUAUUGCAGCAAGUAGAUAUGAUACUCAAGUUGAUAUGAUUGUUAGUAGGAAUGCGAUACUGCCCGGUGGUGAUGACUUUUUCAAUAUUCCCUCUUCUCAAAUGUCUUCGUCGACGUAUUCAAGAGUUCCGUCCACUUAUCCAUCUCAAUAUCCCCGUCAGCUGCCCAACCCUGAACUUUUUCUAGAUCUUCAUCCUGCUCUCCAGCAACAGCUUCUAUCUCAUUCUCAAUCCGCCGUGUUUCCUCAUAAUAGCACACUGACCUCGCGUAAUCGAUCAACGUCAAGCUAUUACUAUUCAGAAGUGCCCGAUCUCGGUGUGCCGCAUACAAGGGAACUAUCCGAUCAGACUUUUGGAACUGGUCAUAUAUUCGGAAGGAUUGAACUUUCAUUCGUAUACUCUCAUCAUGAAAGACAACUUUCUGUGGCCUUGACAAGAGGAUUUGAUCUACCGCCAAGAUCUGACGGAACACCUAGGAAUCCAUAUGUGAAAAUCUUCCUGCUGCCAGAUAGAAGUGAAAAGUCCCGAAGACAAUCGGCAGUGAUUGCUGAAACUCUCAUGCCAGUUUGGGAUGAGGUUUUCUAUUAUAAUGGUCUGACGGAGCCAAUGCUGUUGCAAAGAGUUCUGGAGUUGACGGUGUGGGAUUAUGACAAGUUUGGAACCAACAGUUUCCUUGGAGAGACUCUGAUUGAUCUGGCUGCAGUUCCACUUGAUGGUGAACACUCGUUGAUGUGUGUCUUGGUUGAUAUGGAUGAUGAUAACCCGCUAAGAACGCGUUUAAAACUUCGAAAAGCUUCGUAUAAUGCGCCGGUGAGACGUCCGCAGUCGGAGCUCAAUUAUUACGAUCAAUCCCACCACUAUUACAACCACAUCAGUCAAAACAUGGACAAGCCGUCGCAUCAUCAUGUUCUCGGAGCAAUGAAUGAUGAGGAGAAUGAUGAAUACAUUGACGACGACGAAUUGGAAAACGACAUUGACUUGGCGACAGGCGGCGCCGCACGGAAGAGUCGAGCGUAUCGUCGUGAGAAGGGAUUACACGGCGGCCACGGAUAUGCCGAUUGGACGCAGAACAAUCCAAAACAAUCGGGAUACACGUCGGACCACGGCUACGGAAGACAGACGAUGAUGGGUGGUGGAGGACGCCGCACGUAUAAUCGGCGACAGCAACGACGGUCGCGUAGUGCAACUGCACUAUCGCAAAUGGAAAGGGAUGAGAUGUAUGAUCCAACCAGGAAGCAUAGGGAGGAGGAUGAGUACUCAAUGAGGGAAACAUUCAAUUAUGUGUUUUGUUCCAUAUAUCUUUAUAACGCAUUCGAAAUUUAUGCUUUCAUUAUGCUUUAUAGUGUUCGCCAUGGCUCGCAGUAUUACUUGGGUGAUCAGCCGUUGUACGAAGACGGACGCUAUAAGAUUCCGCAAAACCAAAUGAUGCCGUCGUCGUCUCAACAUAAUCAGCAACCACAUCCUUUGUCGCAAGUUCAUCAACAGCAGCAGCAAGCACCCGGAGGAGUACAGCAACAACAUCAUCAGGGUCUUCAGCAACAACAGCAAGGAGGAGGUCAUCAUCAUCAACAACAACAACAUCCGCAACAACAGCCUAAUCAAAUGCAGCAAAUGAUGCCUCCAAUGCCCAAUCAGGGAUAUUAUAGUGAUGGAAGUGAAACGUUGAGUGUUCAUUCGACAAACAGCAUGCCAACAACAAUGACCACUGUGAAUAGGAGGAGUACAGCCAAUCAAAAUCAUUCCACUGCUUCGAAUGACACGACUUCCUUUGAGGAAACACCUACAGCUACCACAAAUCGUGUCCCAAUAAAAGAAACCAAACAAAACUCGCUUGCUAGCUCCUCAUCUGUUGGUGGAAGUGCUGGUGGAGCUGCAAAUAGUAGCAAUGCUGGCUCUAUAAUGAAAGAGAGAAAGAAAAGUCUCAUGACAAGAUUUAUUCCGGGAAGGGGUGCAGAAGGCAAACGAACAGGCUUCGCCCGUUCAGAAGAGGUUGGCAUACCCGGAAAUCUGUCCUCAGAUCGGCUCGCCGAGCCAACACCCCCGUUCUUAAAACAAGCCAGCAAAGAAAGUACCGACUCAGCGCACUCAGACAAGUUUGCACGCCAAUGUUGGCUUCCAGUGCUCGCUGAUGGUCCUCUUGGUACAUUUGUCGACAAUCUUGGUCCUGGUCAAGUGGUUGGACGACAGGUGCUUGCCUCACCAGUUCUCGGAGAAAUUCAGAUCGCACUGAUGGCCGGCAGGAGCGGAAUCGAUGUGGAGAUAAUUAAGGCCAAAAACCUUGUUGUUAAGCCUGGAGUGAAAGUGUGUCCAGCUCCAUAUGUGAAAGUGUAUCUAAUGGAAGGAAAGUCUUGUGUCGCAAAAGCCAAGACCAAUGCAGCGACGAAAACCACAAGUCCACUAUUUCAACAACAUUUAAUAUUUAACGAUAGUCCAAAAAAGAAAACCCUUCAGGUUCGUGUCCUCGUAACAGUAUUGGGUGAUUACGGGCGAAUGGAGAGGAAAGUGUUCAUGGGGAUCUCUCAAAUUCGACUCGAGGACCUCGAACUUGGAUCUCAACCGUUAAUAGGAUGGUACAAGUUAUUUCAUAGCUCCUCAUUGGCGGGUACGGGGCCCGUCCGAAAAGAUUCAGAUGUGUCAGUUGUUGGAGGAUCGCAGCAGUGA